AUGAAAGGUUCAAGUUGUAAAUUAUUGAUCCUUUUGUUAUCAAUUUCAUUGGUAACAUCACAACGUUCAUGUCUUGAUGAAUUUCUCCAAUGCCUUCCCCUACAUUCCAACCCUUCAUAUCCAAUUGCAAAUGCCAUACACACUGCCCACAAUGCCUCCUUUCAACAUUUGUAUGAGUUACAUGCUGUUAACCUAAGAAUCUUAUCUUCUCCUUCAACAUCGAAGCCUUUGGCUAUUAUAACAGCUCUACAUGCAUCCCAUGCUCAAGCCGCCGUCGUUUGCGCCAAGCACCACAAACUCCAAUUGAGAAUCCGGAGCGGGGGUCAUGAUUACGAAGGGUUGUCGUACACCUCCGACGUCCCGUUUUUCAUUCUCGAUCUGUUUAAUCUCCGGUCGAUAAAGGUUGAUGUCGCAACCGAGACGGCAUGGGUUCAGGCCGGGGCUACGACGGGGGAGCUUUAUUAUCGGAUAGCGGAGAAAAGUGGAGUCCAUGGGUUCCCGUCCGGAGUUUGUACUACUCUCGGCAUCGGUGGGCAUUUCAGUGGAGGUGGCUAUGGAAACAUGAUGAGGAAAUACGGCCUCUCGAUUGAUAACGUCGUCGACGCGCAUUUGAUCGAUGCUAAUGGUAUGAUCCGAAAUCGAAAAUCGAUGGGAGAAGAUGUGUUUUGGGCUAUCCGAGGAGGAGGUGGAACUAGCUUUGGUAUCAUCCUUUCAUGGAAGAUCAAGCUGGUUCGUGUCCCUCGUAAGGUUACUGUUUUCAACGUGCAAAGGACAUUGGACCAAGGUGCCACGGACCUCGCUUAUCGUUGGCAACAGAUUGCACCUAAAAUGCCUAAGCAUCUCUUUAUCAGGCUUCAACUUGAACCAAUAACCGAUGCUACCAAUGGCAAUAAAACUAUUAGGGUUUCUUUCAUCGGCCAGUUUCUCGGUCGAGCUCAUAGACUUGUUCAGGAGUCGAACUCGAAAUUUCGAGAACUGGGUUUGAAUCUAAGUGAUUGCAAGGAGAUGAGUUGGGCCGAAUCGACUCUCUUUUGGGCUGGUUACCCCAACGGAACCUCCAUUGACACAUUGCUUCAACGAGUCCAAGGUAACAAAGUUUUCUUCAAGACAAAAUCAGAUUACUACAAAAAGGUGAUUCCCAAACAAGGGCUUGAGAUGUUAUGGGAGUUAUUGAUGGAAAUAGGAAAUGUUUUCAUGCAACUAAACCCUCAUGGAGGAAGGAUGGAGGAGAUUCCGGAGUCCGAAACCGCGUAUCCGCAACGAGCCGGAUACCUUUUCAAGACACAAUAUACAAUUCAUUGGACGGAUUCCGACGGCGGCAUCGGUGCCGCCGAGAAGCAUGUCAGGAUGUCGAGGAGAUUGUAUCGUACAAUGGCUUCGUAUGCGUCGAGUAACCCUAGGGAGGCGUUUGUUAACUAUAGAGACCUUGAUAUUGGCAGCAAUGGAAGCAAUGACACAGAUUUCUCUGUUGCGAGGGUUUAUGGGACAAAAUAUUUCAAGAAAAACUUCAUGAGAUUGGCACGUGUGAAAGCCAUGGCAGACCCUGAUAAUUUCUUCAAGAAUGAACAAAGCAUUCGGCCAUUGCCAUCUCAUUAG